ACAGAAUCACGACGAAUAAUAGUAUUGAGGGGCACGAACAAUUAAUAUUUACGGAUGUUCAGUUUUGUUGGUGGCUGCUGACACUUUGUCAUCGUCAUCGUCAUCGUCAGUGCUAUCAUACUAUGAUAACAAACUAAUUGCCAUUCCGUCUUAUCCAACCAUCAGCGCUCGUCAUCUUUUAAACAACAGAAGCCUCACAAAAUCGACCGUAUCGUUUUAUACGGGCUAUUAACUUGAUAAAGUUUUAUUUCAAGUCUAGGAAUUAUCUGUCCAACUCGAAUUGUUGCUCACCGCCUUUAACCCGAACCUUCGCACAUUACAAUGUCAUUCGGACCACAGGUGGUCAUGCCUGGCGCGUUCCACUUCGAAGCUCCUAAUGGAACUCCCAUGCCUGGUGUCCACCCUGGAAUUUUCCGACCUCCUAUAUCAUCGUCUCCCUCUAAUUCUAUGUAUCUGGGGAAGUCUACUGGAAACUUUUACUCUGAUGCGAUGACGCCAGGCCAAAAUACAAAGAGAAAGAGACGGGGAUACGGAGAAUCUACACCUAUGAAUGACAUAAGAUCAGACUAUGAUGGCACGCACGAAGAGAAGACCGAGAUGAAUAGGUAUGCUGGAGAAGGAGGAAGACGAUACGUUUUAGCCGGCCACAUGGAAUCCCCAAAUGGAGUGGCUCCUACGGAUAUGAAUAGUGCGCUGGAAGAUAGCGUUUAUUCUGAUAUAGAUUAUAGGCGUGUGCUAGCUUCUAAACGACCACACUCCGAGAUCGAACCAUCCACAAACUACGCAACCCUAACACAGCCGUCUCCCUCCCAGUCGCAACCACCUAACGGAUGGGGUUCUUUUGCCUUAAAUACGAUCGGUGGAGUCGUCGGUAAGGUAUUCGAUUUCUGCACGGUCGGCGUAUUCCGUGGCUUCUACGCGGGAGGCGGGAGAGGUUACGACAUGAACACACCGCCUCAAUUUUCAAAUUCGAAUGGCCAGGUUUGGUGUAACGAACAUGAUAUUCCUACGCUUCCUAGCUUGGAUCCUACUGGAACGUCUAGCGGGUUUCCACAGUCAGACUACUCCCCGUUCCAAUACGAGCGAGAAACGCCGGAAUCGACACCCCCGCCGGCAGCAAAAAGACGUCAAAUCAACGAUGGGCUUACCGGAGAUGAGGGGCUUGGUAGGAAUUGGGUCAUGGUUCAGGACCAACCUGAGACCACGAGGCCGCAGAGUAGGGCGUCCCGAGCGCCCACUAAUUACACACAUCAGCAGCAAGCAUUCGCUCCGGUUCUUCGUCGCCGUAUUGGUAGACCUGUGAGUCGAGUGAGUACUCCGAAUUUUGCUCGACGCCAAUCCGGCAGGAUGAGCCUUGCGGGAUCUGUGUCUCUACCCAGCCGAGAGCCGGCAAGUUUUGCUUCACCUCGGGCUCAAUCCCCCGCUCCCGCAUAUACUCCUAGUAGAAUUCCGAUUCCAAGCCGCCCUCAAACGCCAUGCGCCAUUUCACCUGCUCGCCUUUCGCAACACCCUUCUUUCAUUCCCAGCCCUUGCAUCCAACCGAAACGUAGCCACCAGAGGACUCAUAGUACGGCCUCGGCUGCAUCAGCACCAUCCAACAGAAUGAAGCGACGCGACUCGGUACAAGAAAUAGGAAAUAACAGUCCUCGAUUGGAUGCCGAGGCGAAGAAUUUGGCAGCUAGAAGAAUCCAGGAGGAGAUGGAGACCGACUGGAAGAUGAACGACCUCAAUGCCAGACUACGAGAUAUGAUCCGACAGGGAAAGGAGGCUCUGGGUACUACGAUCGAGGUCGACGGAGAUGGCGACGUGGGGGGUUUGGAUCACUGGGAGAGUGAAUGAAGAAAGAUGUCUAAACAACGGCAAAUUCUUAACAGUCUAUUUUAUGACUAUAGUGGAUGAGGCUGUGGGCCUGGUGAUGUGUGCUAGCACCUGACAAAAAACUGGCGUUUUUGAGUUAUUUGCUUGCCUGCUUUUAGAGCCAUGAUUCGACGCGGACAUGAUACCAACUUUGACGCUUCUUACUUCGGUCGGAAUUACAGCACCCACCCUAGAUACAGCUACACGCUCCAGGCAUGCCUUGGACUUUUGGAGUCGGCAAUUUAUGAAUUUUAAUGAUUGCAAUGCGGUUACCUGAUAUUACGACCUUACUCUUCCGAAUUAAAUAUUAUAGCUCUCCAAUGCUAAAAAGUUAAAGUUUAUAAUAUCCUUCUACUUCACGAUGAGUUCAUCUAGGUACCUUGAGAUUGCGGAUCGAGAAAGUAUCGACUCAAACUGCAUGUUACCAAGAGACGAAACUCAAGCAUUCAACA